CGUUACCUUCCCUGCACUAGGUCGCCGCCGAGUCCACUGACACCCAGUGGGAGUAUGUCGACGUCAAGGAGUUCCACGAUACGAGUUUCACGACGCGGUUCAAAUACUGCUUCGUCUAUGUGUUUCUAAUCAAGAACAUUGCCAUCUAUGGCCUGGACAUCUUCACUGCGGCCACCAUGUUGGCGACCGACAAUUGGACCAACAAUCUGUACACCAAGUGUGCUAAAUCGGGCAACCACCACUGCGUAAUCGACGUCCAGUUCAAGAUUGCGAAGUGGGUCUUCGUCGGCUGCAUCAUCUUCUCUUUUCUGCUGCUUGGGUAUGAGUGGUACAAGGCACGCAAGGUGUUGCGGUCCCGCGACAUUAGCUACACCUUCUGCAAUACUAUGGCGAACGACUACGUGUCCAUCAAAAGCUACGACAGUUUCUGCCUCUUCUGCCGCAUUUCUGCCAACAAGAAGAAGAAGGACAAGAUUGCGUUCUUCGUGUUCUUCUCGUUCAAGGACUGGAAGCGCACAAUCCUCGCUGAUGGCCCGCGUCAGAGCAUCAACGCCAUUGUCCUCUUCAUGAUCGCCAAGGCUUACGACUUCCGCACUGACGACAUCCCAAAGUAUUGGGACGGGCAGCCGUGGACUGCGCUCCUCCUCAUCUCGAUGAUCCUCACCGUCCUCAUCUUCCUUGUGUCGCUGGGAUUUCUCAUUGCUGCCGCCGUACUUUACGUCCCCCUACUGUGCUACAUCCAGGGCAACCUGAAGGAGUAUGUUUGCCACAAGGUCGACAAGCGUAUCGGCGAGAUCAUCCGCAAGAGUCAGAAGCGCCGCAUUGCGCGCAACGCGGAGCUCGAGAAGAAGAUCGACAUGGGUCUGCGGAUCAAGAACGCGAAUGGCGAAUUCAUCGACGCCUCGCUCCUCAAGCCAACGCUGCCGAAUAUCAGCCUCGACGACGACAAGCCACUCGUCCGAUCCGCCUCGCCUGCCUUUGGGCGCUCUGCCUCUCCGGCCUUUGGGCGCACGGCCUCGCCUGCUUUUGGGCGCCCGCCACCCCCCGCAAACUACGCCAGUCCCUACCGCGACGUGCACAAGCGCGCCUCUCCAGACUACCCCGACAACGACCCGUACGACGAUAUAUUCGAUGAGUACGCCGAUAAGGGGCAUAGCUACCCACCGCGCCCGCAGGACGACGACUUUGCGUCGAGUUCUACGUCGCUUGUUGCGCACGCGGCACCACCAGGCCGCGCAUUCGCCCCCGCCAUGCAGCCCUCGCGGCCUUCCACGCCCAUCGCUGGCGCGCCAGACUUCCCACCUGCGGCGGCGCCGGGGUAUCCGCCCCCAGUGCAGUUCGAGGCCACGCGUCAGCCUUACGGGUUUGCGCCGCCAGAUCCGUACACCAGGCGAUGGUAGUGUUGUUCAUUUAGAUGUAUGGUUUUCGCUGUCUGGGGGAGUCCU